UGCACACGACAGGCCCGAACGUUCGCCACGGAGGUCGAACAUAUUUAAUAUCCCGCGUCUGUUCACUCCUGGUCAGAACCGUGGCGGUUAAGCACGGAAACGGUUGGCUUCUUAGCUCCUAGCGGAGUUUCCCCUACACCGUCGCCUCCCAGCUCCUAGCAGACUUCCUCAGCCACUACCAGACUCUACAGCAUACUUAUAGAGUAGGUACAAGCACGUCCUCAGGGUGUACGAAUAUGUCCCACGUGUGCUCAGGCACGCCCUGCGAGUGUACGAGCACGCCCUACGACUGUACCUAUCCGGACUACGAGUAUACCAACCCGCCCUACGAGUAUACCAACCCGCCCUGCGAGUAUACCAACCCGCCCUGCGAGUAUACCAACCCGCCCUGCGAGUAUACCAACCCGCCCUGCGAGUAUACCAACCCGCCCUACGAGUAUACCAACCCGCCCUACGAGUAUACCAACCCGCCCUGCGAGUAUACCAACCCGCCCUGCGAGUAUACCAACCCGCCCUGCGAGUAUACCAACCCGCCCUGCGAGUAUACCAACCCGCCCUGCGAGUAUACCAACCCGCCCACCGAGUAUACCAACCCGCCCACCGAGUAUACCAACCCGCCCUGCGAGUAUACCAACCCGCCCUACGAGUAUACCAACCCGCCCUACGAGUCUACCAACCCGCCCACCGAGUAUACCAACCCGCCCUGCGAGUAUACCAACCCGCCCUGCGAGUAUACCAACCCGCCCUGCGAGUAUACCAACCCGCCCUACGAGUAUACCAACCCGCCCUGCGAGUAUACCAACCCGCCCUACGAGUCUACCAGCCCACCCUACGAGUGUCCCAGCCCGGACAACACAGUAGACAGCUUGAGCAGCGAGUACUCCAGCAUGAGUGUAUCCGGGGCCGUGGAGCGCAAGAUCAAGAAGAAGGAGAAGAACAGGGAGAAUGCCAAAAUUUACCGCGACAAACAAAAGAAAGCCAUAACGGACUUAGAAAACGGGAUACAUCAGCAGACAAGCACCAACAGAAAGGCUCGCUUGGCCCUCAGCAGAAUGAAGAAUGAUACCAAGAAGGAUGGUGAAGAGCUGAGAGUUAGGGAGGAAGAGUAUCGGUCUCUGAGGCAGGAGAGCACGAACAAGGACACAAUCAUCAAGAAGAAGCGAACAGAUCUUCUGCUAUUCACUGAGCGACUCAAGUUGAUGUCUCUGCCGGAGGACGACCCGAGCAAGAAGUUUAUGGUUGAACUUCUCAGACGCCAGCCACCUGUGUACCCUCUCUAGAGAACACACACACACACACACACACACACACUAUUGUAUACACAGUAUCCAAAUAUUGUUAACCAUGAAUACAAUGUUGUGUCACUACGUCACAAUAUCACACUAAUAGGUUUAUAUCCGUAUGUCUACCGCCCAUAUGGUGUAGAAGGCCUUCCUGAGGUGCCACCUUGGCCACAUACGUAUUUUACUCAUUGAGGUAGGAUGUGCAGGUUUCCAUUUUACCCAUGAUUGAGGUAGGAUAUAUAGCCUACCCAGUGGCUUCGGCCCCUGUGGAACAACACGCUGCUUUGAUGAGGGUAAUGGGGGAGGUCCAGUGUGGCCCAUCUGAAUCAAUGGGCUUGUAUGGUUAGCCCGCCUAGUUAGACAUCGGGUCAAAUUAGCACUGCAGGGUUGGUAUCCCCUAACAGUUCCUAGGGUAGUAUAUAAGCCCUUCAGUGGUUAUACCCAUGUUUACUGUCGUGGGUAUAAUGGCUAUACCCCUAAGGUUGUCAUGGGCUCGUGCUUCCCCAUUUGCUAGAGUUCAUAGUCGGGUCCUCUCGUUGUCCGUAACUCUUACUGCACGCCUCUGCUACGUGUUACAAAUCCUGGCGCUAGGCUUGGACAACCCGUCCUCUUAAAAAUAACGUCACUUUUGGCUCGUAUGCGCGGCGCUAUGGCUAAGUUUGGACGUAAUUUGAAAUGAAAUCGACUCACAAAAGUGACGUACUGUCCCGUUUUCUGUUUGA